AGCAGCGCGCGGGGGGCGAGUGUGAGUGUGAGUGUGCAUGGACGUGUGCAAGCAGGGGAGGCAUGUACAGGGUAUGAGAAUGCGGGUCUGCACGUAUGGGAACAUGCAUGGUGUGUGUGAACACAAGUGUGAGUCUACAAAGGGAGGCGUGUGUCAGCAUGUGCACACGAAUUUACAUUUAUGUGAGCAUGCACGCUGCUGGGGGCAUGGGUAUGCACACGUGACCAAGUGUGUGGGAUUGUGGCUGACCAGGACUGUGCACACGUGUGUGCAUAUUAGGGGCAUAUUAGAUGUGCUUUUGAAUGCAUACAGCUGUUCAUAUUGUGAAUAAGUGUAUGAGUACACACCAGCUUGUGCUUGUAUGCUGAUGGUCACAUGGUUGCACACAUAGGUGUACCUAUGUGAGCAUGCAGAGGCAGGUGUGCAUUGCAACAUGAGUAUGCUUUUACAGAGACAAUCACACAGGUGUAUCACAUCAGAAUACACACGUGUUAAUGUGUAUGCUGUGUACAGGGACAUUUGUGUGCAAGCAUGAACUCUGCACACAUAUGUGGGCUUUGCACGUACCACGACUGAGGCUGUGAGCACAUACCAGAGGAUGCAUGCUCCUUUUGCACAUCCCUUCUCCUUUUGCACACCCGCGCUCCCUUUGCAUGUCCAUGCUCCUGUCGCACACCCGUGUGCUGCGUGCGAGGCUCGGGGUGCAGCAGGCACAGGCGGGGUCCGCGGUACCCGGAUCUGGGCAGGGGGCGGGCAGGAGGCCGGGCUCUGCUGCCUGUAGCCAUGAGCAGCGGCCCCGGCCUUGGGGUCUCGCCGCCUGCCCCCGGUGUCCCGCUGGGUCCCCAAGUCCCUGUAUCCCUGUGUUCCCACAUCCCCAUGUCCCCAGCCAUGCAGCAAGUCCUCGACAACCUCCUGGGCCUCCCCAGCGCCCCAGGUGCUGCUGACCUUGACCUCAUCUUCCUCCGUGGCAUCAUGGAGAGCCCAAUAGUAAGGUCCUUGGCAAAGGUACAGUGGCGCAAGGCACCGGUGGCACUGUGUCCCUCCUGUGACCCUGAAGCAUGGGCCCACGAGCGACUGGAGGAGACGAAGCUGGAGGCGGUACGAGAUAACAACGUGGAGCUGGUGCAGGAGAUCCUGCAUGACAUUGGGCACCUGGUGCAGCAGGACAGUGCAGCAGCUGAGCUGGCCCGCAUCCUCCGUGAGCCCCACUUCCAGUCCCUGCUGGAGACCCAUGACUCAGUGGCCUCAAAGAGCUAUGAGACACCUCCGCCCAGCCCUGUCCUGGAUCCAACCUUCAACAACCAGCCCGUGCCCCCUGAUGCCGUGCGUAUGGUGGGCAUUCGCAAGACGGCCGGUGAGAACCUGGGAGUGACAUUCCGGGUGGAGCGGGGGGAGCUGGUGAUCGCCCGCAUCCUGCAUGGGGGCAUGGUGGCCCAGCAGGGACUUCUGCACGUGGGAGACGUCAUCCGGGAGGUGAAUGGGCAGGAGGUGGGCAGCAACCCACGGGUGCUGCAGGACAGCCUGCGCCACGCCAGUGGUAGUGUUGUCCUCAAGAUCCUGCCCAGCUACCAGGAGCCACACCCGCCCCGGCAGGUCUUUGUGAAGUGCCACUUUGACUACGACCCAGCCUCCGACAGCCUCAUUCCCUGCAAGGAGGCUGGACUCCGCUUUGCCACCGGAGACCUGCUGCAGAUCGUCAACCAGGACGACCCCAACUGGUGGCAGGCAUGCCAUGUGGAGGGGGGCAGUGCAGGGCUUAUCCCCAGCCAGCUGCUGGAGGAGAAGCGAAAAGCCUUCGUGAAGAGAGACUUGGAGGUGGCUCCCACAUCUGGGGCCCUGUGCAGCAGCCUCAGUGGGAAGAGGAAGAAGAGGAUGAUGUACCUGACCACAAAAAAUGCCGAGUUUGACCGUCAUGAGCUGCUGAUCUAUGAGGAGGUGGCCCGCAUGCCACCUUUCCGGAGGAAAACCCUGGUGCUUAUUGGUGCCCAGGGCGUGGGGCGACGCAGCCUCAAGAACAAGCUUAUCAUGUCCGACCAGGCACGCUACGGCACCACCAUCCCCUACACGUCACGGAAGCCCAAGGACAGCGAGAAAGAUGGGCACGGGUACCACUUCGUAUCACGGAGCGAGAUGGAGGCAGAUAUCAAGGCAGGUCACUAUCUGGAGCACGGCGAGUACGAGGGCAACCUCUACGGCACCAAGAUUGACUCCAUUCGUGCUGUGGUGAAUGCUGGCAAGAUGUGCAUCCUGGACGUCAACCCACAGGCAGUGAAGGUGCUUAGGACAGCAGAAUUCGUGCCCUAUGUGGUGUUCAUCGAGGCCCCCAGUACUGAAACCCUGCGGGCAAUGAACCGUGCAGCACUGGAGAGUGGCGUGGCUAUCAAGCAGCUCACGGAGGCUGAUGCCCGGCGGACAGUAGAGGAGAGCAGUCGCAUACAGCAGGGCUACAGCCAUUACUUCGACCUGAGUCUGACCAACGACAACCUGGAGCACACCUUUGGACAGCUACGUGAGGCCAUGGAGCAUCUGCGAGCUGAGCCCCAGUGGGUGCCUGUCACCUGGGUCUAUUAGUGCUAUUAGUGUGUGUGUGUGUGCCUCCCUACUCCUGUCUUGGGGCCCACACCAUGCUCAGCACCACCACUGUAGGGUACAGCUCCUCCAUCCCACCUACCCUAUUUUUUUUUGGGUUUUUUUUUGGGGGGGGGGGGAGGGGGAGGGAAGAGACCAGGGAUAUGGGACAGCCCCCCUGCCCUGUGCUGACACAGCUAACUCACUGCCAAAAGCUGCCCACACUUUAUCCCAUGAGACUGUGCCACCAUGUAGUCCUUGCCCUUGCCUCAGUUUCUCCAUGCAGGAACCUGCCCUAGGAUGAAGUGUCUGUAUCCCAGUAACACCAGCAGAUCCCUAUCCUGUAACUGGCCUGCAAUUAACGAUGUAAUUAAUAAUCUCCACAGGGGAGCUGCCCUGGUGUGAACCCAGGGGACAGGGACAGAGGGUCUCAGACACAUGCAUGUGAAUACAUGGGCAGGCCUAGCCUGGUGGCUCUGUAUUGCUUCUUCCCUGUCCUCUUUGUCCCCUUUGCCCAUGCCUGCAGGGACACACUGAGGUCCCCAUACCCCCUGCCCCAGGUUGUUCCUUUGUGGUACUUUGCUGCUAUUUUAUUAUUAAAGAGAAAGAAGAGAAUAACAGUAA